AUGCAAGCCUCUGGUGAUGGGCCUAUCGACCACCCUCUGAACGUCAUGGGGACUACUGCCUCUGAUCCCGAUGCCAAUAUGAUGGCCUCAGAGGAAUUCCAAAGCCUACUGGACGUAACUAUGACAAACUUCAUCAAUAAGGCCUCAGCAUCGGCCAUGGGGGUCAUUUCCUCCACAAUUACACGGUUCGUAACUCAGGUAUUUAUGCAAGGGCACUCUACAACCCAGGCCCCUCCACAAACCUCUUGCAAGGCCCUGAGUAAGCAUAAACACCCUGAUGCCCCUCCACAUACCCAGGAUAACCCUGGUUUGAAUGACAUGCCUCAGGCUGUCCAAGGUGGCGCGCAACAACCGCGAAAUAGAGCCGCUGGCCGGGCAAAAGUGGCCAGACAUUGGAAACGGGAGAGGGCCCAUGACAUCAUGUCUGACUCAGAUUAUAGUUAUGAGGAGGGCUCAGAUGAGGUAUUCUCAGACCUUUAUGAGGACGAGGUUUCCGAGGAUUAG